CGGAAAUACAAGUACCCACGAAGAAGAACCGGAGUAGGAAGUAACUCGCACUUGCAAAACAGUAGUAAAAUUGUUCAACUCUUCACUCUGCAGUGUAAAUACAAAUGUAAUAUGUACGACGACAGGAACUAAAUAGAAGACAGUGACGACGACGCUAGCUGCUGUUUUCAACAUUCACUACUAAAAUCAACAAUGCCAAUCCAGUUCGUUUAUGGAAACCAGGACUUUGUUAAGGAUGUGUAUUAUGAUUUUGAUGACACACCUCGGACGAUAUCAAGGUUUGAUGCAGCCAUCCAAGCCGGCUGGACUGACAGAAUGGAAAGAGGGCUGUUCCGCUACAAUCUGGGGGACCUGCAGACACGUAUCCUGCCUGGUUCCUGUGGUUUUGUGGCCCAGUUGAAUGUCAAGAGAGGCACAGAGAGAAGAAAACCACAGGAGAUAUUCAGUAUCAAGCAGGACUUCAACGCCAAACAGUUUAAUUUCAAUUUAAUUAAUCCAGAUGAGAUCAUAUUUGAGAUGAUGGACACUGAAGAAGAACAUGAAAGUAAUCACCAACCAUGCAAGAUAGUUGUGUUAGUGAAUGUCAGUCCGUUGGAGUUUGGACAUUGUCUUUUUGUUCCGGAUCCAUCACGCUGCUUUCCUCAGGUGCUCACAAAGUUUGCCAUCCAAGUUGGGAUUCAGUCUGUGCUGCUGAGCUCUGACCCGGCAUUCCGUGUGGGCUUCAACAGUCUUGGAGCUUUUGCAUCUGUGAACCAUUUACACCUUCAUGGAUAUUACCUGAAACACAAGCUCAAUAUUGAAUAUAUGCAAGUCAGGCCACUUCUUCCCGAAAAGGGAUUUUACACCUUAGUGGGAUUUCCUGCAGGGUUUUUGUUCUACACCGAAUCAGACAAAGUGGAUAAAGUUGCAACAGCAAUCUGUCAUGUCACCAACUUCCUCGUGGAAGCCAAUGUUGCUCACAAUCUGUUCAUGACCAGAGGUUGUUCACCCUGCGGUCGGACUCAGAGUGAAAGCGAUGACAGCUUAUUGAGGAAUGGUGUGCGGAUUGCUGUGUGGCCACGACUAGCUUGUUUCGGCACCAAAGAGGAGUCUGCUUUGAAUGUUGCGCUCUGUGAGCUUGCUGGACAUUUACCAUUUAAGAACAAGAGGGACUAUGAGCGUUCUACUGAGUCGUGUGUAAUAGAAACCAUUCAGAAAUAUCUUCUAGCAAAUGAUGAUAUGCUUAAAUUGGAAAGGCAGCUAACUCAGCAUUUAGCUACGCUGUAGUGUGAUGUGCUUGUAAUAUAAAUAAAUGACACAAA